AUGACUGAUCAGAAGUUAGCAAAAGCAAAAGUGGUAUUUGUAUUAGGUGGACCAGGAAGUGGUAAGGGUACACAGUGUGAAAAAUUAGUCCAGAAAUUUCAUUUUAAUCACUUAUCCAGUGGUGAUCUUUUACGAGCUGAAGUUCAAUCCGGUUCAGCAAAAGGUAAAGAGUUAAAAGCUAUGAUGGAGAGAGGUGAACUUGUUCCUUUGGAAGUUGUUUUAGCUUUACUUAAAGAAGCAAUGAUUAAACUGGUCGACAAAAAUUGUCAUUUCCUCAUCGAUGGGUAUCCACGUGAAUUGGAUCAAGGCAUUAAGUUUGAAAAAGAGGUAUGUCCUUGUUUGUGUGUAAUUAAUUUCGAUGUGAGUGAAGAGGUGAUGCGUAAAAGACUAUUGAAAAGAGCAGAGACUAGUAAUCGUGUUGAUGAUAAUGAAGAGACAAUUGUGAAACGUUUUCGCACUUUCAAUGAAUUAACAAAACCUGUUAUUGAACACUAUAAAAAAGAAAAUAAAGUAAUCACUAUUGAUGCUUCUGGUACAGUAGAUGAAAUUUUCGAGAAAGUUAAUCAUGGACUUCAAAAAUUCGGUGUGAAAUAA